AUGGGGGCGCUGUCGCUGGCUCUGCUCCUGCUCUCCUUGGCCGCGCUCUCGCGCCAGCGCGAGCCGAGCGCCGCAGCCUCUUACCUGAGCGACGGCCGUUACUGCGCGGAGGCGCGCGGCGCGGGUUACGCGCGGAUCUCCGACGGGACGUUGCUGCUGCGGCUGCAGGAGGAGGAGGAGCGGGAGGCCGGCCGUCCCCCCGGCUGCUCCGUCAGCGCCGAGCCGCGGGCCGUCAGCUCCUUCAUGCGCGAGUGUGAGCUCCGCGCCGCCCCCCUGCCGCCCGGCACCGAGCUGAGAGACACCUGGAGCCGCCAGAGGAGCCGGUGCCAGGCGGGCCCCGAACACACCCCCCUCCGCAGGAGCAAGAGGGGCUUCACCUACCCGGGGACCCUGUGGUGCGGAGCCGGCAACAACGCCGACAGCUACGAUCACCUGGGUGAGUUCGCAGAGACGGAUAAAUGCUGCCGGGAGCAUGACCACUGCGAACAUGUCAUCCACCCUUUUGCCUAUUCCUACGGCCACAGGAACUUAAGGCUGUACACCCUCAGCCACUGUGACUGCGACACCGAGUUAAAGAGGUGUUUAAGAAAAGUUAACGACACAUCCUCCAUGGUUGUGGGACAGGCAUUCUUCAAUGUGUUAGAGGUCCCCUGCUUUGACCUAGCCUUUAAGGAGCAGUGUGUUGAACGAUAUUGGUACGGCUGGUGUAAGAAGUAUGAUCAUGUUCUGAUCGCUGUACCCAGGGAGUCUGGGCUUUAUGAUUAUGGAGGAGAAUUGAUUGAUCUUACAGAGACGCAGAAUCCAGCUUCAGACAGCUCAACAUCAUUUUCAUCGAUAAGCAACAUCCAAUCUUUUACAGCAGCUCCAGAAACCUCUAAACCAGGAGCUACAUGGCAACAGUCAACACUUGGCCAAACGUUUCAUGCGGCGGAAGAUGUCCUCAAAGUCAUGGUUUCUGUCACUCCAAGUUCUGCCCCUAGUACUGUACCUAGCCCUGUGAGCAACACUGAGAACAAGACCCAUGUUACACUGGACAAAGCCAAGAAAAAGAAAGGAAGGAAAAGCAAUAAGAGAAGAAAGGGGAAAGGGAGGAAGAAAAAUCACAAAGCGAAACUCUAUUCCAAAACCACUGAGGCAACUAAUGUAUUGCCAAUUCUUGAAAAGAAAGUUCCGAACAAGGAGAACUAUUUCACUGAGAUAGAGAAGAUUAGAAAUAAUGAAUUUAACCAUCUUUUUGACAAUUCUCUGGAUUUAGGGAUAAAGGAAAAUGCGUUUAAUGAUGUUAUGAAUGAUGAAUCUUACAGAGUGGACAGCUUCACACAGGUGUAUCAGAUGCCUUCUGUGGCUGCAACCAAACCUAUUCGUAGAUUUCAAAGUUAUGGAGAUGAAAGUUUUAUACCUCUUGCAUUUACACAAGUUCCUAAUUCUGAAUUCUAUAGUGAGGGUGUGACUGUCAAAUUACCGCUUAAGUUACAGGAUGCACAUCAGCUCCAUAGAGAAGAAGCAUUUACACAACCACCUACAAAACCCAGUCAUGAUUCCCACUUCAACAAACAAAUUUCUGUUUUAACAGUGCUUAUGCCUGGACAACAUAGAGCCGAGGUGUCUACUCCACUAACUGUUCAGGAAAAGCUUAAAGUGGCUACAAACGUUAAGCUGAAAGCAAACCAAUCAGCUCCUCCCUCAGAAAGAAAAAACAAAAAGCCACGACGUAAAAGGAAGGGCCGAAGGAGGAAGCAUAAAAAAUCUAAGGAAAGCAAGCUGAUUUUACCAACAGCUUCUAGCAAGACUAGUCAUGAUAUACUCAUUAACUAGGAAUGCAUAUUAAAGUGUGUCAUGCAUAUAGCUGUCAAAUGACAAUUCAUAAAAACUUUGUGACCACAGAAAAUGUCUGACUAUACAAUGUAAUUGUGAGAAAGUUAGCUUCCUGAAAUAGACUCAGUGUAUAUAUUGAAGUUUCUUAUUGUUCAGAAUUGGUUCAUCUGUUGGACCAUGAUUUGUAUCAAUGGACCCAAAUACACCAUAGAAAAAAAACCUUUUAUAGUUUAAUAAAUCUAAUAUCUUUCAGACAUAAUUAA